UGUGCUACGCGAUUAAGUCCGGCUCCUGCAACAACAGGAGGAGAGAGUGCAGAGUAAGGUGCUCCAAUAUGGCCGCGCUUGCUUCUUCCUACAACCAACGCAUCCGCCCCCUCCUCGAUGCCGUCGACCGCCUGCGCCACCUCAACGUGAUGCAGGAGGGCAUCGAGCUGCCCACCAUCGUGGACGUGGGCGAUCAGUCCAGCGGCAAGUCGAGCGUCCUCGAGUCCAUCGCCGGCAUCAGCCUGCCGCGUGGGCAGGGCAUCUGCACCCGCGUUCCCCUCAUCAUGCGCCUCCAGAACGACCCCUCCGCCCAGGAGCCCCAUCUGCAGCUCGAGUACCAGGGCAAGGUCGUCACCACCUCCGAAUCCGCUGUUCCAGACGCCAUCAACGCGGCCACCAACGAGAUCGCCGGCACCAGCAAGGGCAUCUCCGACGUUCCCAUCACCCUCAUCGUGAAGAGGAAGGGCGUCCCUGACCUCACCAUGGUGGACCUGCCCGGCAUCACCCGCGUCCCCGUCCACGGCCAGCCGGAGAAUAUCUACGAGCAGAUAUCGCAGAUCAUAAUGAAGUACAUCACACCCAAGGAGAGCAUCAUCCUCAACGUCCUCUCCGCCACCGUCGACUUCCCCACCUGCGAGUCCAUCCGGAUGUCCCAGCGGGUGGAGUCCGGGGAGCGCACCCUCGCCGUCGUCACCAAAGCCGACAAGGCGCCAGAGGGGCUGCUCGAGAAGGUGACGUCUGACGACGUGAACAUCGGCCUCGGCUAUGUCUGCGUCCGCAACCGCGUCGGCAACGAGACGUACGAAGAAGCUCGAGAUGAGGAGAUGAAGCUCUUCAAGGAACAUCCUCUGCUUUCCUGCAUUGACAAGUCCAUCGUCGGAGUCCAGAUGCUCGCUCAAAAGCUGACGCAGAUCCAGACGGCGAGCAUCGCCAAGUGCCUGCCCGACAUCGCCAAGAAGAUCAACGACAAGCUUAACCGUAACAUCGCGGAGCUCGAACAAAUGCCACAACAUCUCUCCACCAUCGCCGACGCUGUGCGGGCUUUCAUGCGCAUCCUGGGUGCCUCGAAGGAGUCGCUGAGGAAGCUACUCAUACGAGGAGACUUCGAAGAGUUCUCUGACGACGUGGACAUGCACGCCACAGCACGCGUUGCCGACAUGCACAUCCACUACGCCAACCAACUUCCUUCUCAGUGUCCUACUACCGAUGACAAGUUCCUGAUGGAGGAGAUCGAUGUCUUGGAGGAGGUGAUGGGCAUCGGGCUUCCCAACUUUCUACCUCCCACCGCCUUCCACACCAUUCUGAAGAGGAAGAUCAAGAUGGUCGCGGACGCCCCUCACCAAUUCGUCCUCGAGGUAUGGGGUUACGUCGAGGAUGUGGUGGUUCGGGUGCUGCUGCUGCGAUCCCAAAACUUCCCGCAGCUUCAAUCUUCAAUCAGGGUAGCAGCACAAGACGUCGUCAACAAGAUGAGGCGGAAAUCUCUGGCGUUUGUCCAGGAGAUCAUAGAAAUGGAGAUGACCGCCAACUACACUUGGAAUACCGAAUACAUCAAGACAUGGACGGAAUUGAUGGAUGGCCAGCGAGAUUUCAAGGUGGUCAUCGAUGAUCACAGUCGAUCGACCAUGUUGGAGCUCAGUGGUUUCGGGACAGUGGACGUCUGCCAUCUGAGGCCUUACGGGGGGAUGGCAGUCCAGGCCUUCGACUUGAGAACCAGGUUGAUGGCAUACUGGAAGAGUGUCCUGCUGAGGCUGGUGGAUGGAAUGGCCCUGCACAUACUCUACACCAUCAAGUGCUUGGUGGAGAACGAGAUAGAGGUGGAGAUCAUGAACAACCUGGUUGGGGAAGGCAUGACCGGCCUGCAGCGAAUGAUGGAGGAGACCGCCACCAUUGCAGCUAAGCGGGAGAGGCUCCGCAAGAGCAUCACUCUGCUAAAGGAGUCCAAGGAUGUACUGGCACAGAUAAAUGAUCGCAUAUACAGCGGGUAGCUGCUGUUGGUGGUGCUCCGUAUUUUGUUUUCGCUCGGCUGCUGCUGUGGUAGUAUGAUGGUGUAUCGUCGUCCUCGUUAGUCUCCAGUAUGUUUAGGGGGCAUAAGUAUCAUAUAAUCUUAUAGCUUCGUUUGUCUUCCAUGGCUUAGCCAUCCUUGUGCUGUCUCAGUGCACAAUCUUCACUUUGCAUUUAGCGCUGCACUUCUGCAGCAAGGUUAUGUAUUCAGUCGUAAUAUAUCAUAGGCUCUUCCGUA